GUUUGGUUCUUUCUUUGCUAUAGAAUGGGAAAUAGGUUUUCUGGAUACAUCUCCCUUUUUUACUUCCCACAUGGCUCAAAGGAUGCUGGGAAAUGAUUAAAGACAGGAUUCAGAUGAAAGUGUUCACUGAAGAUAACAAGCCAUUUUCUAUGGAUCCACUGAUCGUCAUCUCCUCAAACCAAAAGGCUCGUUCCUACAAGCACAUCUGAGUCCUGCAAGCAGAUUCCAUCAUGAGACUGGUGUUGAAGUACUUGGACAAGAUGAGAUGUUUCCGGAAACGUUCCACCAUUCCUUUUCUGGUGGCACUCAUUACCUUCCUGCUCUUCAUAAACCUCUACAUCGAGGAUGGCUACGUUCUGGAGGAAGACAAACGUCAGUUACGAGAAACCUCAAUGCAUCCGCUGAACUCAGAGCAUUAUGUUCAUACAUUUAAAGAAAUCACCAAUUUUUCUGGAACGAUCAAUGUGACUUAUCGGUACCUCGCUGGAACACCUUUACCUCGAAAGAAGUAUCUCACCAUUGGAUUGUCGUCUGUGAAAAGAAAGCGAGGAAACUACCUGCUGGAGACCAUCAAGUCUAUUUUUGACCAAUCUAGUUACGAGGAGCUCAAAGAGAUUGUUGUGGUUGUCCACUUGGCAGACUUUGACCUGGCAUGGUGCGAGAGCCUAGUUCAUGAAAUCUCAAGGAAAUUCGGCCACCAUAUCAUUGCAGGACGGCUGCUAGUUAUCCAUGCACCUGAGGAAUACUACCCAUCCCUGGAUGGGUUGAAGAGAAACUACAAUGAUCCGGAGGAUAGGGUACGCUUCCGUUCCAAACAGAAUGUAGAUUAUGCAUUUCUGCUAAACUUCUGCACCAACCUGUCAGACUUCUACAUGAUGUUGGAGGACGAUGUGCGCUGCUCUCGAAACUUUCUCACCGCCCUAAAGAAAGUGGUAGCUUCUAGGGAGGGAUCGUAUUGGGUGAUGCUGGAAUUCUCCAAACUGGGCUACAUAGGGAAGCUGUACCACUCACGGGACCUUCCCAGACUUGCCCAUUUCUUGCUCAUGUUCUAUCAGGAGAUGCCUUGCGAUUGGCUUCUUAUCCACUUCCGAGGCCUACUGGCUCAGAAGGAUGCGAUUCGCUUCAAGCCUUCCCUUUUUCAACACAUGGGCUACUAUUCCUCUUAUAAAGGGGCAGAAAACAAACUUAAGGAUGAUGACUUUGAAGAAGACUCCCUUGAUAUCCCAGACAACCCACCUGCCAGUUUGUACACAAACAUAAAUGUUUUUGAGAGCUAUGAUGCUGCCAAAGCUUACAGUAGUGUGGAUGAGUACUUUUGGGGCAAGGCUCCAUCCACUGGGGACUUUUAUGUAAUAGUGUUCAACAAGGCAACAAAAAUCAGCAAAAUCAAGAUCAUCACGGGAACGGAUGAUCGGCAGAAUGAUAUUUUGCAUCACGGAGCUCUGGAAGUGGGGGAGAAAUUAGUAGGAACUAAAAAGGGAAGGCAGUGCUCCUCUUAUAUAACUUUAGGGGAGUUUAAAAAUGGAAACAUUGAGGUUCAAGAUGUGGACCACAAGAUAGCGUUUGAUAUUGAGUGUGUUCGCAUUGUGGUAACAGCAAGUCAGAAAGAAUGGCUUAUCAUAAGAAGCAUAAGCCUCUGGACUAUUCAAGGUGCCGGUCAAUGAGAACUUUUUUGAACCGUAGCUAAAGGCACAAGUAUCUGUUUAUUUAUCUUUUUUAUUUAUUUCUGCAAUUUAUAAAUUAUUUAUUCACCUGAGAAAUUCACCUUUAUUUAUUCAAAUUUAUUCAGACUAAUUUAAAGGCAGUACAAUAUUUCACACAUCUAAGGCAUUUCAGUUAAUUCCAACAUGAACGAUUCAGACAAUAAAGAUAUAUAUAUAUAUAAUAUAUAUAUAAAAACAUUAAGAGUACUUAUUUGUUUCCCUCGUUUUUCAUUAUUAAUUCAUAAUGUGUACUCCUCAACAAAGAACUCUGAGAAGCUACUCUGUUUUGACUCUUCUUUGGCCAAGGUGUACACUGCACUUUUUGCCCCUUAUUUUCCUUAAACCAGACCUAUUUAUAUCAUUUUUAUUGAGAUUAAUUUUAACAACUUUUAUUAAACAUUUUUCUUGCUUGAAGCAGAGAUCUAUUAAGGUUUACAAAAGAAAAAAAUAUUUCCCAUUGAAGUAAGAUAAACUUAAAAUGAGAUGUUCCUGAUAAACA